AACCCAUUAGUAGCGACUAAUGUGAAUGAGAGGGGAGUUUUAAAACGAGCAAAGCGGCGCGUGGAGGCUGCUUCUUCACGCCAAGCAGCCACUUCUAUCUGCUGUUUGAGUAGUUAGAGAGCAGUACGGGGGCCGCGGAGAGCCGCAGGAAGAGCAUGCAGCUACACGGCUGCCGUGUCCUAGCAGAGGAGGAGAAGCGAGGGAGCUUUACCAGCGGAGUGGAUCUGGAGGCGGAAUCAGGACGGAGCUCCUGCUGAAUGACUGAAACAUCUACUUUUCUUCCGAAAGUGUCUUCAUUUGUCUGCGAUACGUGUCCAGCUCGGCGGCUAUGGCAGUCAGCAUGAGUGGAGCAAACUUGGCGCUCGGUGUGGUUUUGUGCGCUCUGCUCGUGUCCUCCUCUCAGCCAAGCAGCAGCCAGGUGCUGCACUGCCACGAAGUGCGUUCAUCCUUCCAGUUUCUCUACCCUGGUAUGAAGUGGGCUCCAGAAACACCAGUCUCAGGCUCAGACCUACAAGUUUGCCAGCCGAAGGGCCUCACCUGCUGCUCCCGCAAAAUGGAGGAGCGCUACCUUCUCACCGCUAAGCAGAACAUGGAGUCCGGUCUGCAGGCCAGCAGUGCCAAGCUCAAGCUCCUCAUUAUCCAGAACGCAGCACUCUUUCAAGAGGCCUUCGACAUGGUAUUACGUCUGGGCCGUAACUCCACCCUUGCAAUGCUGAGGGAGGAGUUCCCUGCCUUGGGAGGUGGGGCUAAUGGAGCUGUCACUCAACUCUUCCUGGACAUGUCCCUCUACAUCCUGGGCUCGGAUGCAAAUGUGGAUGACAUGGUGACCUCCUUCUUCUCUCGCCUCUUCUCCCUGGCCUACCGCCGUCUUCUGGGCAACGGGGCAACACCAGGCACCUCAGAGGACUGCCUAAGGGGUGCAUGGCGUGAGGCCUCGGCAUUUAGCUCGUACCCCAAACUGAUGAUGACACGCCUGUCCCGCUCACUGCCGGCCACUCGUGUCUUCCUGCAGGCACUGAAUCUGGGCAUUGAGGUGGUGAAUACAACACAACACCUGAGAGCUGGCCGGGACUGUGGGCGGGCGCUGCUCAGGCUGUGGUACUGUCCACACUGCCAGGGGCUACUAGAGGCGCGACCAUGCAGGCCUCUGUGCCUCAGCACCAUGGGGGCCUGCCUUGGAGGUGCGGUUGAGGUACAGCCUCACUGGAGGAGCUACGUGGAAGGGCUGGGUACCUUGGACAGCGCCAUGAGGGGAGAGCAGGAUAUGGAGGCAGUGGUGCUCAGACUACAUGUGAUCAUCAAACUGGCUCUCAAACAUGCUGUAGGGGCCAAGAGUAGAGUCAACACACAGGUGAGUGGCGUGUGUGCGCACACACCCCAACGCGUGGCACGUGCUGUAGCAUCGUCAGCAGAACACACACUCGCCUCCCCGGUGGCCCGCAACCCACAGUCCGGCAACCCUGACCCUGACCAGACUCUGGUCGGGCGACGCAGAGAGUUUAUCCAGAGUCUGAAGAGCUUCAGUCUUUUUUACGGUGGGCUUGGAGAGGCUCUGUGCAACCGAGAACCAGCAGCACUCAACAGCUCCCUCUGCUGGAAUGGGCAAGAGAUGACAGACAAGUUUCCUGGUCCAGGACUGCGGAGGGCCCACCCUCAUGCUUCAGAGACCAAACAAAAGCCCCCAGAGCCUGUCAUCAGCCAGAUCAUUGACAAACUUAAGCACAUCAACCAGCUGUUACGGAUGGUGACUUCGCCAGAGAAGCGAUGGAAGGCUCGUCCAGGGGGGGGAGCUGCGAGAAGAGAUCCGAACCGGCAGAACCAAGGGGCAGUGGAUGAGGAGGGUCUGGAGAGUGGUGACUGUGAUGAUGAAGAUGAGUGUACUGGAGUUUCAGGACUUGGGCCACCCCCACGCCGCAAACGUUUACGUAUCUUUGCAGACCUGGCAGAUAAUUUGGCGGUGGACGACCUCACUUUUCACGAGUUGCUCCUGACUCCCAGACUGGCCACGGACACACAUGCCGGGGCAUCCAUUCCUGGAGCAGCGCAGGCCGCAAGCGUCCUCUCUCAUGUCUUCUUGCUAACAGUCAUCAUUUUCCUCUUCUUUGGACUUCAUUGAACCUUCCAACUGUUUUUUUUACCCACAGUUCCCCUCCAGAAUUCCUCCCCUUCUGCUCUCAACUGUCCUUCAAAAACUGAAAAACUGGUUAGACCGGUGAUUUAAAAGGACACUGCAGCUGCUCCUUUGUACAUACAGUUUCUUGAAAGAUGAUCUAGAGUGAGGACAGAGAACCCUUUCUCUCCCAGCGUGCGCAACCUCCAGUGUUACUUAAUGAACUCUCUCUUUUUUUGCUACAACUACAAGGAUCUGUUGGUUGCCAAACCCUUAAAUCGUAUUUUCGCCAGAGCAUGACAAAUACUACACAUAUCCUAACUGUAUCCCCCUUGUGCUUGUGUUCCACUCUACAGUCACGUGUUUUACAUGGGACAUUAUUUCCUCUCUGCUGUUCACACAUGGUUUUACACAAAAGCCAGAGACUCCUGUAGGUAAAGGACCUAACCCUCUUUUUUUCUUGUAGAGGCACUGCUUUUUGAUUUAAUGGACUUUCAUGAGGACUAGGAACUGUGACUAAUGGGGUCUGGUGAAAUGUAGUGCUUCUCUGGUGGGCCUGGACUCUGAUUUCUCAAACAAACAUAUAUACACACACACACUCACACACACACACACACACACACACACUGCAUUGCCGCCCACUCCUGCCACUCAUUUCCUGUGCAGUAAAUGACCCUUGGAAGAGAUCAAGGGAUUGGUGUGUCGUUGUGAAGCCUUCUCACUGCAGGGUGACACCCAGCUGCAUUUCAUUUGGAAAAAUAAUGUUUUAUUAGGAUGGUAACUUUCCUUUUCACAACUGUGCUAUCUCUCUUUUACCUUCUCAUCCCCUUUUUGCUUUUUUUAUCUUUCAUUGGAGACAUCUCUCGUAUUUCUCCCUCAGUCUUUCUUUGAGUGCCAGGUCAUGCCCUAAUGAAGUCUGUAUUAUAGCAGGGUGAUUAAAGGUUUGUACUGUGCUGAGACCCCUAAACAUCCUGCUCUUGUCUUUGCUUCUGCUCGUAGGUUACCAUGGCAACGGCAUCUAAGAAAGGAAGAGCUCUGUUGAUGGCUAGAUGGAUCUGUAUGUUUCAAGUGAUUGACCAUUGUGUGUUUUGUUCCCCUUAACACGUCAUUUAAAGGGCUAAUCCUGUUAUUUAUAUAAUUUAUGAGUGUUAUUCAGAUACUUUCUUGAAGAAUAUAUUGCUUAAUUUAAAGAUACCUUUUUGAGUUCUAUUUAAAUCUAUUGUUCAAAUCAUAUUACUCCUUCUUUGGCCUGUGGUGUUCUAAACAGGGUGGAAAAACAAGUGUGGAAACUGUGUUGUUCCUUUCUUUUCAAGAGCUGACUUGAGUUUGAGUUUCGUGCCAACAAAUUUUAGUGUGCUUUCUCUUUAAAGAGUUUAACUUUUGUAGGUGUUUAGGGGAAGGUGAGAGGUGUUUGAAGGGACAAGAUAAUAUUUACUGUGUUAUUCUGUAUUUAUGCCAGGGUCGGAAGCCCUGAAGCGAGAAGAUUCUCCUUCCGUCCUCCUUUGAAAGCAAUAGGCAAAUAAGGUCAAGUAAACAACCUAGGAUUCAAGAAUGACAUCAUAAAAAAGUUCAGCCUAAGUCAUCAGUUCCUAUCCAGUGUGUAUUACCUUGCUUAUUUCACGUCAGCCAGUAGUGGAUUGUGUUGAGAAGUCCUGUAAAUAAACACUGCAUUCCCCGUUAGUGUUUAUACCAUGGCUGAUUGUGUAGUGGGGGAGCAGUCUUUGGCCAUUUGGCAGCUUUGAGUUCUGGAUACAGCUCAGCUCAAUAACCAGAGAGCUGCUGGAGGACUUUAAAACUGGGCCUUACAUUCAUGGCAUGUUACGCUACCCAAGUUCAGGACUCAGCAAUGGGUUGGUUUUCGAAGUAUGCGUGAACCUCGCAUCACAUACAAAGCAGAAUGUUGUUUUCUGGCUUUGUUGCUGCGCACACACACUCUGAUUUAAGAGUAUCCAUGUAAAUUAAAGUAAAUAAAUAUGUUUCAAGUUUU